CCAGGCCAUGCGCCACACCUGGAUCGCGCACAAGGCCCCGAGGGCGCCGGCAGCGGCCCUGGAGGAGGGCCUCGUGGAGCGGCUGCGCGCCUUCCGGCUGCGCAACAAGUUCGUGAAGGCCGCCCUGCACGCCAUCGCGGCCCAGAUGGACGGGAUCCAAAUCCGCGGCCUUCGCGACGUGUUCGUGUCUCUGGACUCGGACGGCGACGGGCUGCUCGCCUACUCCGAGCUGCGGAGGGGCCUGCAGCAGGCGGGUAUCCGCGUGGCGGGGCCCGACCUGGAGGAGAUCGUGGACGGCAUCGACGUCGACGGGAGCGGCGAGAUCAACUACACCGAGUUCCUGGCCGCGACCCUGGGCCACCAGCAGUACGCGCGGGAGGACGUCUGCUGGCGCGCCUUCAACCUGUUCGACCUGGACAGGGAUGGGCAGAUCACCUCCAAGGAGCUGAAGAAUUUCUUGGAGAAGACGAGCACGAUGAGCGCCGCAGAGCUAGUGCGGAAGGCGGACACGAACGGCGACGGCACCAUCGACUUCCCUGAGUUCAUGGCGAUGAUGCAGGA